GCGAGCUUUGAGGGGUCCCGUGGGAAGGUCGCGAGAAGAGCCCAGUGAGAGACGUGGGUUCCAGGGUUGCGUACACAAACAGUUAUGCUGGGCCCUCCCUGAGGGGGUCCCCAGUGACCAGGUCCCCAGACCCACGGGGACGCAGAGGGACAAAGCAUGGUGUUGGGUCCAUGCCAAGGACAAGGGCUGGCGCGAGGCCUGGUGAGCUGGGGGACACAGGGGCCCACUGUCCUCCUGGGACCAGGAGCAAGCCCCCGGUGGAAACACUGUCCCCAGACCAGCGUCCGGCUGGGGACGUCAGCCGUCCUGAGAAAGAAGCGAAGAGUCGGGGGUGAGGGCCCGCCUGGCCGGCUCCACCGCGCAGACAGUGGCCUGGUGCUCUCAACGGUCACGUGCUGGCUUGGCCUGUUCCUAGUGACCAGGCCGUGGAGUGAAGGGUGCCCUCAGCUGCACACGGGGCGGGGGCAGAGGCAGGGCUGAAGCACCGCGGCCACCUGUCGUGGGCCUCCCAGCGCUCAGACGGGCCCGUCGCUCGGUGAAUAAAGACUCACGACAGUGCCUGGCUCAGGUGCUGCAGGGGGACGCCCGGUAUGAGAAGGUAGUGGCCGCUGGCACAUAGAAAGGCGGCAUCGCAGGGCUGAGCCUGGCCGGGUGGCUGCCCCGCGGUCUCCAGGGCCCCGGGAAAUGUGCCUCGUUCCCCUCCGCUGAAAGCAGGACAAUCCAGAGAAGCAGGAUGGCCGUUGGUCACCAGCACCGCUGAAACCUACAGGCCGUGGGGCCGGCGCGUGCCGGAGAGAAAGGGGUGCAGCAGAGCCCGGGGCCCAGACGGUCUGGACCGUGUCCAAGCAGAGGCAGAAGCAGCAGGCCCACCCGAGGGGCGGGCGGGGAGGCUGUGGGUGCCCUCUGUGCGAGCUGGACCCCACAGGCCAGGGGUCGAGUGGGCCGGGGUCCUGGCCUGGCAGGGUGGACAUGGCCGCCAGGGGAGGGGAACGUUCUGGGUCUGCCGGGCUGGCCAUGGGCCGGCCAGGGCCCUGUGGAUCUGCUCCCUGGGAGGUCCAAGCUCCUGGGGCCCAGCCAGGCCCACUCCUCUCCUCUGCUGCCCCGAGGCCGCGGCCCUGACCUCCGGCCCGGGGGUGGGCGGCCCCUCCCUCCGAGCUGACCUGGGUUUCCUGGGAUCGGCUGGGGCCCGGCCAGCCUCGUCUGCGGCCCCCUCCUGCCCGGAGAGCUGCCUGACCAGUGCUCCCCAGACCCCUGCAAUAAGGAGGGGACCCAAGUCUGCCAGGACCUCAUGGGCAACUUCUACUGCCAGUGCAGAGACGGCUGGGCGGGACGGCUCUGCAACAGAGAUGUCAAUGAGUGCAGCCAGGAGAACGGGAGCUGCAGCCAGAUUUGCUACAACAAGCCGGGCAGCUUCCAGUGUGGCUGCUACAGCGGCUAUGCACUCUCCCUGGACGGCCGGACCUGCCACGACUUGGAUGAAUGUGCGGACUCAGGCGCCUGCGGGGAGGCUCAGUGCCAGAACCUGCCGGGCUCCUACUCCUGCCUCUGCGAAGAGGGCUACGCGUUCAGCUCCCAGGAGAAGUCCUGCCGAGAUGUAGACGAGUGUGCGGAGGGGCGCUGCGAGCAGGCCUGCGUCAACUCCCCGGGGAGCUACACCUGCCACUGCGACGGGCGCGGGGGCCUCAAGCUGUCCCAGGACAUGAACACCUGCGAGGACAUCCUGCCCUGCGUGCCCUUCAACGUGGCCAAGAGUGUGAAGUCGCUGUACCUGGGCCGCAUGUUCAGCGGGACGCCCGUGAUCAGGCUGCGCUUCAAACGGCUGCAGCCCACGAGACUGGUGGCCGAGUUCGACUUCAGGACCUUCGAUCCUGAGGGCGUCCUGUUCUUCGCCGGAGGCCAUCGGGACAGCACCUGGAUCGUCCUGGGCCUGCGGGCUGGCCGACUGGAGCUGCAGCUCCGCUACCAGGGCGUGGGCCGCGUCACCAGCAGCGGGCCCAUCAUCAACCACGGCUCGUGGCAGACGAUCUCCGUUGAGGAGCUCGAGCGGAACCUGGUGAUCAAGGUGAACAAGGAUGCUGUCAUGAAGAUCUCUGUGGCCGGUGACCUGUUCCAGCUGGACAGAGGACUGUACCAUCUGAACCUGACCGUGGGAGGCAUUCCCUUCAAGGAGAAAGACCUUGUCCAGCCUAUGAACCCCCGUCUGGACGGCUGCCUGAGGAGUUGGCACUGGCUGGACGGCGAGGACACCACCGUCCAGGAGACGGUCAAGGUGAACGUGAAAAUGCAGUGCUUCUCCUUGACCGAGAGAGGGUCUUUCUUCCCUGGGAGCGGGUUUGCCUUCUACAGCCUGGAUUAUGCUCGGACAUCGCCGGAUGUCGGGACCGAGACUGCCUGGGAAGUCAAGGCCGUGGCUCGGAUCCGCCCCGCCGCCGACACGGGGAUGCUGCUCGCGCUGGUGGGCGCUGACCAGGCCGUGGUCCUCUCCGUGGCCCUGGUCGACUACCACUCUACCAAAAGGCUCAAAAAGCAGCUGGUCGUCCUGGCCGUGGAGAGUGUCACCCUGGUCCUGAUGGAGAUCAAGGUCUGUGACGGCCAGGAGCACGUUGUGACCGUCUCUGUGAACAAGGACGAGGCCACCCUGGAGGUGGACGGCACCAAGGGCCAGAGUGAAGUGAGCCCAGCGGGGCUGCAGGAGAGGCUGGCCGUCCUCGGGAGGCACCUGCAGGGCUCCGUGCUCACCUUCGUCGGGGGGCUGCCAGAUGUGCCAGUGACCUCAGCCCCAGUCACAGCCUUCUACCGCGGCUGCAUGACGCUGGAGGUCAACCGGAAGGUUCUGGACCUGGACGAGGCCACCUACAAGCACAGCGACAUCACGGCCCACUCCUGCCCCCCAGCUGAGCCGGCCGCCUAGGCUUCUGCCGCCGCCGGCCGCCCGCGCAGCCACGUGCGCCUCAGCUUUCUUCCCAGACCAGGAAGGACGGCGGGAGGCACCCGCCGCCCGCCCGAGACACUGAACCCUCACCCGCCAGGUCCCCUCACGGCCUCCCUGCCCAUGUGUAACAUACGUGUAAAUAGCGGACUCACCUCAGCACCGCCCGAGCGGACCCGGGAAGAGAAUUCUGUUAUUUUUAUUACCAGAUGCUUCUCUCUGACCUAAAACUAUGGAAAAAUAAAGCGUUUACGGAACCUUCCUA